AUGAUGGGCGGGGGUAAUUUGUACAGAAAAACGCUCUCAGAGCGAGCGGGAACGGAUUACGAUUCGUCGGCCUUGACGGCGUCAAAUGGAGAGUACCUGGCUGCGGACGGAGAACGGCGCUUCUGGUACUUGGUGGCUGACCUGCCGUCCACGUCCGGCGAAGGCAGCGACUCGGCCGACGACGAGCCGCCGGCGCCGGGCGGCGUUCGAGCGGGACUGUACGCCCGGUGA